AAGAUGAGGGAAAAGUAUGGCAAAUUAGACAGAGUGGAGAUGAGCAUAUGGGAAUGUUGUGAACUUCUCAAUGAAGUUGUUGAUGAGAGUGAUCCGGGCUUGGACGAGCCCCAAAUUGAGCACUUGUUGGAAACGGCUGAAGCAAUUAGAAAGGACUAUCCCAAUGAAGAUUGGCUGCACCUAACUUGCCUUAUUCAUGACCUUGGGAAGGUGCUUCUUCUUCCCAGCUUAGGGGAACUUCCUCAAUGGGUUGUUGUAGGUGAACAUUUCCCAGUUUACUGUUCUUUUGAUGAAUCAGUUGUCCAUCAGCAGUAUUUCAAGGAAAAUCCAGACUACAGCAAUCCUGCUUACAACACUAAAUAUGGAGUUUAUGCUGAAAGUUGCGGGCUCAACAACGUUAUGAUGUCAUGGGGACACGAUGACUACAUGUAUUUAGUGGCAAAGGAGAAUAAAACCACUCUACCUUCUGCAGCUCUUUUUAUCAUCAAAUAUCACUCCUUCUACGCAUUACAUAGAUCAGAGGCAUACAAGCACUUAAUGAAGGAGGAGGAUGUUGAGAAUCUGAAAUGGCUCCAGAUAUUCAACAAAUAUGACCUUUACAACAAGAGCAAGGUUCGGAUCGUUGUUGAAAAGGUUAAGCCAUGCUAUCUUUCCCUCGUUGAAAAGUACUUCCCCUCGAAACUAAAAUGGUGA